UAAAAGGAAAGCAGAAGCCGCCGUGUGCACCCGCUGCCGGGAGAAGCACGGGAAGGGAGGGCACUGCCCACUGGCACCCCUGCCUGCGCUGGGCGAGGGUGCGGGAGCCGCGCUCGGUUUUCCGCCAACAUGAUCCUGUACCAAAGCAGCUACACAUAGCAAACAGAUUCAUCACGCCACGGAGCGCAGGAAGGUGAGACAGAAACAGAAACUAUCACUGAAAGGAAGAAGGGGGGGGAGAAAAAAAGGCAGCGACUGCGAAUUACUUCCAGAGAAAGUGGGUGGAUGCUGUGCAGCAGCGUCUUGGGAUUGUAAGGGAUGCACCCUUACAUUUUGCUUCUCUCUAGUCCGAGCCUCCCUUCCCCGGUGGCAGAAAGCGGCGGUACUUGGCGGUAGGAAAUCGGAAAGAGGAAUAAGGAGGAGGGUUUCGUUCAGCAGUGCUUGCGAUGUCCUGCUGAUCUCCUUUAAGGAUCUUUACAAUUUUUUUCCUGGUGGAUGUUGCUAUCUUGACCUUGAUUUUGAGUCCUUUUAGUUGCAGUUUUUGUUUUGUGUUUUUAUUUCCCUUGGCGAGGAGUGGAAAGGGGGAGGCUGGCUUCGGUGCUGAAAGUUGCAGUCCUUAUUAUUUUGGAGUCACUAUGUGCACCAACAUAGUCUACGAGUGGCUGAAGACCCUGCAGCUCUCCCAGUACGCGGAGUCCUUCGUCGAUAAUGGUUACGACGACCUGGAGGUCUGCAAACAGAUCGGGAACCCGGACCUGGAUGCCAUCGGCGUUGUCGUGCCCCACCACCGGCGCCGGAUCCACGAAGCCGUGCGGCGGCUGAAGGAGACGGACGAGGCGGCGGCGGGGCUGUACUUCACCCUGGAGCCGCAGCCGCCGCCGCCGCCCCCGCGGCCGGCUCCCCCCGACACCGGGCGCUGCCCCCGCCGGCCGGGCGGGCAGGAGGAGGCCCGGCGGGGGGCGGCCCCCCGGCAGCGCCCGGGCGGGCGGCGGGGGGCGGCCGGUGGCGGGGGGCUGGUGGCCUACCCCAGGCUGAAGCUGAAGAUCAUGAUCCGGGACAAGCUCAUCCGCGACGGCAUCAACCUGAGCAAACCCCCCUACUCCAACAAGGAUGGGUCGCUGGGAAAUAUCGAUGACCUGGCACAGCAGUAUGCAGACUACUAUAACACCUGCUUCACGGAUGUCUGCGAGAGGAUGGAAGAGCUGCGCAAACGGAGAGUUUCCCAGGACCUUGAUAUGGAGAAACCUGAUGCCAGCUCCACAUCUCUACAGCUGCGAUCCCAGAUUGAGGAGUCACUUGGUCUCAGCAGCACGGCAUCAACACCCGACUCUGAAAGAAAGCUCUCCAUUCAUAAAUCAAGUUCAGAAGAAGGCUCUGUAGACUGGAAAAAGAAAAAUAAGUUUUUUUGGCAGAAUUUCCGAAAGAACCAGAAAGGACUAAUGAGGCAGACUUCGAAAGGAGAAGAUGUAGGGUACGUGGCCAGUGAGAUCACAAUGAGUGAUGAGGAGCGGAUCCAGCUGAUGAUGAUGGUCAAAGAGAAGAUGAUCACCAUUGAGGAAGCACUUGCUAGACUGAAGGAAUAUGAAGCCCAGCACAGGCAGUCGAGCACUGUGGAUGGUACAGAAUGGCCUGAUGGUUCUUACUCAACAUUUGAUGGGUCUUCCAAUUGUAAUUCAAGAGAACAAUCCGAUGAUGAAACAGAGGAGUCGGUGAAGUUUAAGCGGUUGCACAAGCUGGUGAAUUCUACUCGCAGAGUCAGGAAGAAACUCAUAAGAGUGGAAGAAAUGAAAAAACCCAGCACAGAAGGUGUGGAAGAGCACUCACUAGACAACUCUCCUGUUCUGGAUGACAGAUCGCCACUUUACUCUGGAGUUCACAAGAAGCAAUUCUACUUUGAUGGCUCCUGUGAAAAGCAGCCAGAGGAAGACUUGGACUCACUCACUACUUCUCCCUCGUCCAGCAGUCUUGAUACCUGGGGAGCUAACCGGAAGCUGGUGAAGACCCUCAGCAAAACUGAUAGCCGUGGCCUUAUCAAGCCUCCCAAGAAACUUGGGACAUUUUUCUCUUACCCAGAAGAGGAGAAGACCCAGAAAGUUUGCCGCUCCUUGACAGAUGGGGAAAUGAAGAAGAGCCUUGGCUCACUGAGCCAUGGGGUAAGUACAGAAAGCAUUUGCUUUUAUGACAGCAACAGGCACAAGCACCAUCUUCUGGUGUCCCUGGAGGAGAUUCAAAGUUUAAGGAAGCAGAUCCGAUUGAAGAAAAUGGAUACUAACUAUUCCUGUUCCAGAGCUUUUCUUUGCCAGCGCCCUGCUAGGAAAGGAGCAUCUCCCACACCUUGCGACCUACAGUUACUGCGGCACAAAACGAAAGGGGGUGGAGGUUGUGGCUUCCCAAACAGAAGGCUACGAGGGCGCACUUCUGUCAGCGAGUUCAAUAUUACCUAUGUGGUGGAGAGAAGCCUGUACAGUCACCUCAACCUCUCACAGCUGGUGCGUCCCGUUACUGACAGGACCCUGAGCAAGGCCGACAAGCAGGACCUGAGGAGAUGCCUGCUGGAGGAGGAUGAGGAGGCCAAGAGGAAAUGGGCUGCCACAGUGGAUCGCUGUACUAAAAGGGUUCUCUUGAGAAUCCACCAAAAGUCUAGAACCUGUAGCUUUGGAGGUUUUGACUUGACAAAUCGUUCCCUUCAUAUUGGAAACAGUUCUGACCAAAUGGGAAAAGAAGGAGACUUUGUUUAUAAAGAAGUGAUCAAAUCACCCUCUGCCUCCCGUAUAUCUCUGGGCAAAAAGGUGAAGUCUGUAAAAGAAACCAUGAAGAAAAGGAUGUCUAAAAAAUACAGCAGCUCUCUGUCUGAGCAGGAGUCCAGCCCUGGGGUCAUGCCAGGCUCUCCACAGUUGCCACCACCAGACACUGACUCCCUGGACAAACCCAAGCUGAAAGCCGGUGGCUCAGUAGAGAGCCUGAGGAGUUCCUUAAGUGGUCAGAGCUCAAUGAGUGGUCAGACAGUGAGCACAACAGAUUCCUCAACAAGCAACAGGGAGAGUGUGAAAUCAGAAGAUGGUGAUGAUGAAGAGCCUCCUUACAGAGGACCUUUUUGUGGAAGAGCCAGGGUUCACACUGAUUUUACUCCCAGUCCUUAUGAUACAGACUCUUUGAAGCUCAAGAAAGGUGAUAUCAUUGAUAUAAUCAGCAAACCUCCCAUGGGCACUUGGAUGGGUCUGUUGAACAACAAAGUUGGCACUUUCAAAUUUAUCUAUGUGGAUGUCCUAAAUGAGGAGGAAGAGAAGCCGAAGCGGCCCACGAGGAGACGCCGGAAAAGCAGACCACCCCAGCCCAAGUCAGUUGAGGAUCUCUUGGAUCGCAUCAACUUAAAGGAGCACAUGCCUACUUUUCUGUUCAAUGGUUAUGAAGAUCUAGAUACCUUUAAGCUUUUAGAAGAAGAAGAUUUGGAUGAACUGAACAUCCGUGAUCCAGAGCACAGAGCUGUUCUCCUCACAGCAGUGGAACUUCUACAGGAGUAUGAUAGUAACAGCGACCAGUCAGGAUCUCAGGAGAAACUUCUCAUUGAAGGCCAAGGCCUAACUGGAUGCUCUCCUCGGGAUUCUGGCUGCUACGAAAGCAGUGAAAACCUGGAGAAUGGUAAAACUCGAAGGACCUGUCUUCUGCCCUCAAAAUCAGCAAGUGAGCAUAGCUUUAAGGACUUCAGCAGAAACCAGCUAUCAAAUUAUCCCACACUUCCACUGACCAAGUCAAUAGAAACUCUACAGCAAGGGGAAAAGGAAAGCCGGUUGAGCUGUGCACAUCAUGCUUUGAAGAGCUCUGUCAAACCUCCAGCUGUUACAGGUCUGAAGAACCGUAGGAGUUUACCAGUUGCUGUUUGUCGGAGCUAUGAAACUCUGGAUGGCCCCCAAGAUGUGGAUACAUGGCCAAGAUCUCACUCGCUGGAUGAUCUCCAGGGAGAAUCCAAUACUAACCUACAGAACGCUAGCCAGAAAGUGGGUUAUUUUCCUCAGGAUUCGCUGGUUGUAGCAAAAAAGGCAACUGGCUCUGCCUUGCCCCCUCAGUCUCAUGCAGGCAGCUGUAUGGUAGAUGACUUGAUGCCUAAGCAGGGUCAAGGAGCUGCUAGUUCUCAGAAGGGAAGAGGAAAGGAAUUGGACUGCUCUCUAAUGGAGACUGCAGGUGGAAAGCCUGCUCCGUUCCCCUUGAAAAACUGUGAAGCUCCACCUGCCUUAGCAGCGCAUCUUGCAACAAGAACGCCUCUGGAAAUAAGAAGUAAAGGCUUUCAUGACCUUGCACGGGCUGAUUAUGCUCCAGUCCUCAAGGGAGGUCUAGAAGCUGAGCGAAAAGGCAUAAAUGAGGCAAGAAUGCAACCAAAAAAUCCUUCUCAGCCACCACCUGUCCCUGCCAAAAAAUGCCGAGAACGCCUUUCUAAUGGAUUAUAUAUUCCUCCCACGACCCCAAGUGGGAGCCAUUCAAGUCUAGAAGCACCAUGUUUGCCAGUAAAAAAGACCAGCUCAUCCACUCCCAUUGAUUGUUAUGGAGUACCUGUCCAUAGGACAUCUUCUGAACAGGAGCCCAGUACCCCUCCUAGCCCGCUGCCACCCUGGCUGUCGGAGCUCCCAGAAACUGCUAGUGUUCAGCAGCACAUGAUAAAGCUCGGUCCUGCUUCAGCAAGGAAAGUCUCUUGUAGCAGGGGAAUGGAUCUGGAAAUGGUAAUUGAGAACAAGUUGCAGUCUGAAGACAUUGAUCUCACUGAAGAACCAUACUCUGACAAGCAUGGUCGCUGUGGCAUUCCUGAGGCUUUGGUACAGAGGUACUCUGAAGACUUAGACCAGCCUGUAAAGGAUGUUGCCACAAACAUGGACCAAAUCCGGGUAAAGCAGCUGAGGAAGCAGCAUCGCAUGGCAAUUCCAAGUGGAGGGCUCACUGAAAUUUGCCGAAAACCUGUAUCCCCGGGACUUAUCACGUCUGUAUCUGACUGGCUGAUUUCCAUUGGUCUACCUAUGUAUUCCAGCCUGCUCACAGAAGCAGGAUUCAACACACUGAGCAAAGUGCCUUCUCUGUCACAAACUUACCUUCAAGAAGCUGGCAUCACAGAGGAAAGGCACAUAAGCAAGCUCCUGGCAGCGGCAAGACUCUUCAAACCUCUUGAUCCAGAGGCAAUUUAACAUGCUCCGUUGUGUGGCAUUGCCUGGUUGAAAAUCCACUGCUUCUUCCUGCACCAGUAUUGCUCUAAUUAUUUCACAUAGCUAAAGGGAUCAAGGAAGUGGCUCCCAAGGACAGGCAGAUAUCUUCUUCAGAGGAUAUGAAAUGUUUCUAUUGCUGUCUUUGGCAACUGAAGGAGAAGAUAAGCAACCACCAGGUAACAUAGAUGUGGUACUUCCGUCCCUGCUCACUUCCCUGUAAUGUAUUCUUAUCUCAUAAAGUGCACAGGGUUGGCCUGAGAAUCAGACAGCUUUGCUGAAUUAAGGGACCCCUGCAAUUUUGUGAAAGUAAUACUACUAGUAGACCCUUGUUUCUAUGGAGAGCUUCUUAGGUUGGAGGUCUUCUAAGGUUCCAGGUAUCUGGAGUCAGUCCCAAAGACCGGGUACAAGCCAAGAUGAAAAUUCCAGUAGAAGCUGUUUGGCAAAUGCCUUUUGUUUAUUUUAGCAGUUUAGAGCUAACCACAGACCCCCCUGUCAUCUUCGCUGUUGCUUGUUGUAGGUCCCAAUACGCCACAAAGCCUUUAGCUAGGCCAAAGUUAAUGGACUGGAAUUAGUUUUCACUAUGGUCCAUCUAUGUCACUCCAAUGCAACUAACCCAUGGAGAGUCAAAAAGCUUAUUUUUAUUUGUACAGAGCUGAGGUCAUUUUUAUAACUGCUUUCUAGCAAUCAGCUUUUUAUUUGCCUUAAGAAAAGCUUUUAAGCAGUUAUCUAGUGUUCACUUACCUGUAAUCAUGUUUCUAAAGCCUUGUUUCAACCUUCACCCUUGAGAUGUGCUGAGGGUGAUUUCCAGCUGAAGUAGCUUCUACAAAAUGCUCAUCAUAACACACUCCGUGUUGUAGAGAUGCUUUUACAAAUGCAGGGUUAUGCUAGAUUUUGGUUGUCAGGCUAACUUCUUGUUCACUACAGUCUGCAUUUACUGUUGUUACUAAACUGUUCUGAGAUAUACAGCCUUGUAUAUAUGUAACUGCUUUUAAUUUUAAUCAUAUUCUGUGUACUGUGUUAUAUCGUCAAUCAUUAUGCUGCAGCUUUGACUUGGUAUCCUGACCAUAGCAAUUCCAAACAGUGGGUUUCUGCAAAUGAAAAUUCACUUGUGGUAGACAAAACACCUUGAAAAAGCAAAUUGUGUCCCACAGAAAUCAUCAGAUCCAGUAACUCCGUUUCACGGACGAUAAAAAAAAUAAUAAUCUGAUGUAGUCUUAUGAAUUACACUGUGAUUUUACAACAGUUGAUACCCCUCAUGACUAUGUAUUAAUGUUACCUCCCACUGGAAGAGAGCAGGGUUCUGGCAUUUGUGGUGAACCAUUUUUCCAUGAUGUAAUGGUAUUUUUCUGCCUAAAUCAGUGUAAAAUAUUCCAUUUGCAUAUGUGGUUAAUGACCAAUUUUUAUUUUACCCAAUACAGAUUAUCAAUAAUAGCUUUUCCUUUGAGGUCUACGCAUGGUGCAUCCAGCUUCUUGUAGCACAAACACUCCAUGAAAGACAGAGCAGCCUUGCUCUGGUAGGUAAAGGGAGGUAGUAUAGAAACCUGGGCACAGACCAGGAUGUGUGGCUGUUUCCAACAUCUGUUCUGACAUCAACUAACUGUAAAAAAACAGAGAAGGCACUUGAAAAUUUGGUGCCUCAGUUAUCUCAGCCUCAUGUUGAGCUAAUGACACUUUUCCUGAUAAAAUGUUCUCAGAUGAAUGCAAAAUUGCGUUUAGUCCAUGAUCCCUUACUAUAUACAGUUCUUUCACGAUCAUGUUUUAAGUCAGGUGAAUUUUACUACAGAUGAUAAUUAAUUUGGCUUCUAGUAGAAUUGAUAGGAGUUAGGUUUACCUCCCUCAUUUCAUAUUUCACCACUGUCUCCUGCACAGCAUCAUGUGAAGGCAACAAGUUCACUGAUGCAACUUGAAAUUGUUCUCAAGCAAAGCCUCCAGAUAUGUUCCUGUAAUGUUCUCCUUGGUGUGUGGAUCAUCGGCAUAUUCUAAUAUGACAGCGUAAGGAAACAUACAGCAUAGGUGCUUUGCACAGGUGAAAAUUAAAAAAAUGAAGAAAAAAUUAUUAAAAAGAAAUUGGGUGUAAUUUUAAUAAUGAUGAUUUGUGUGUUCCUCUCUGAGGCUUACAUGGCAACGGUCAGUAAGCAGGAGAUGGAAGGAGUAUUUGGGACUUGCUGGGACUGUUGGCAGGGGACAGAACUGAGUAGAAGUUAAGUAGACAGCAGCUAUAUUGGAGCAAGGGAAAAGUCCAAGCUGGCUAUAUGCAAUAAAAAAAGGAACAGAUUUCCUCACAUUGCAGGGAAUACAAGUCACAUAAAGCUUUCCCAUAUUAUUUACUUUCCCCUUUCUUAAUAACAGAAGGAGAAUUAUGAGAAUCAGCUGAAUCUGUGUGCCAAUCCGUGAUUUUUAAAUGAUUGUGUAACCCUGGGAAACUAAAUCACACCCAUCAGGACUAGAGUUGGGCACUUUGAGAUUUGUGAGUUUUAAUAGUUGCUUUGUUUUUCUUUUAAGACUUGGCUCUGCAGUUUUACUCGAAUUACAAUUUUAGUUUAUAUUUUAAUUAAAGAAAAAAAGCCUUAAGCUUCUCAGUGUUUGAGCUUCCCUUCUGUGGUUUCAGUGACCUGUGGUGUUCCCCGAGCAGGUGAGGUGGUGCAGUAUGAGAGCCUUAAUCUCUUACAUUUUCUUGCAACUGUUCAGUGCUCUAAGCAAAAGUUCACUUACCUACUCUUGGGAAGCACAAAAGAAACCUGCUGCUGGAAUCCUAAUCCGCUCUGCUCAGGCUAACGAUGUUAAGUGUCUAUCGAUUAUACCAUUGUCACUCUGAAACAGCUAUUUAACAAUAGAAGCAGCAAGCCCAAAAUAUUAGCAAAAGCCAUCAGAACCGAAAGCUUCGAUCGACCACCCUCUGCCACCACCCAGGUGGUACUGACCCCUGUAGUUCCCUGUGCUCUGGCAAGCCUGCCUGUCCUGGUUUGAGCUUCAUCCUGGCUCAAACCAGGACAUUGCCUUCGGAUGCAAACUUGGGAGCUUGAUCAGAAGCAUGAAACAUUGCAUUAUUCCAACAGGUCAUCAUCUCUAAGAGCAGCAAUAGUGGUCGAUUCACCAAGUCACAGCUGUGCAGUUGUACUGUAUUAUUUUUAGAAUAAAUAAUACUUUUGGUCCAAGAUACUUUUAUCUUUAAUUGACCCUCUGGGGAAUCAAAACUGUUAAGCAAGUUAUGUAACAACUAACAAAGUUGCACUUUCUGUAUAUGAAAUCAAUAUUUAAAUAACUUAUUUUUCUCCAUUUGCUGUUCUUAAAUGAUGUAAGUAGCUGUAAUAUACCAGUACUCGAUAUGUCCUGCAGUUUGCUUCAACCCAAGAAAGCUGUGUAUUGUAAAGAAAAAAAAAAAAAGAAAAAGCAAAAUAUGAAUGUGUAAAGAUUAUUGUGCUGUUUCAUUUAGCAAAAAAAAAAAAAAAAAAGGUUGACAAAAGGGUUUUCCUGUGUAUCAAAACUUGUCUAUAAUUAUAUGUCAUACUGUUCAUAGAUAAAAAGUAAAUAAAUUUCCUUGGUCUCUCUC